AUGGGAUCAAAUCUUAGCUUCAAGAAAAUGCUGUCAUACCCAUUCACAUUUCGGCAAUCUUUCAAGAGGAUUCAAAGGAGCCAAAGUACGAAAAUGGUUCUUGAAGGACCUCAUAAUCCAAAAGACCAACAAAUUGUUGAUAAAUUUCGUGAAUUGCUUUUUGUUGAGGGUCAGUUACAAGUGAAGCACUUCGAUUAUCAUACUCUUUUAAGAUUCCUUAGAAUGAGGGAUUUUGAUCUAAUGAAAGCAAAAGAUAUGUUUUUGCAAUAUCUCAAGUGGAGAGAGGAAUUUCACGUUGAUGCAAUAGCCAAGGAAUUUAAAUUUGAAGAGUACCCAGAAGUCAAGAAGUGUUAUCCUCAUGGAUUUCACGGAGUUGAUAGAUAUGGUAGGCCAGUUUACAUUGAAAGGAUAGGAAUGAUUGAUCUCGAUACUUUUCUUCAAGUUACUUCUAUUGAGAGAUUUUUGAAGCAUCACGUUUCUGAACAAGAGAAGACUCUGAAUUGGAGAUAUCCAGCAUGUUCACUUGCUGCAAAGAAACACAUAGCUUCCACCACGAGCAUCUUGGAUGUGAAGGAUGUGGGAUUAUCCAAGUUCUCGAAGCCUGCUCGGUAUCUCUUUAUGGAAAUUCAAAAAAUUGACAGCAGCUAUUAUCCUGAGACACUUCAUCAGCUUUUUAUUAUUAAUGCUGGAUCUGCAUUCAGAGUCCUUUGGAAAGCAAUUCGGGCUUUUCUUGAUCCUCGUACAUUGGCAAAAAUACGAGUGCUGGGAACUGACUACAAAAGUAGCCUACUCGAAGUUAUUGAUCCAAGUACCCUUCCAAUUUUCUUGGGCGGCAACUGCACUUGUGCUGAAUAUGGCUGUUGUCUGUUAAGUGACAAAGGACCUUGGAAUGAUCCUCAAAUAAAACAAAUGCUUCAGGGGAUGUUACAAACAGAAGACGAGAAUGAAGGUGAAUUGAUGAAUUCUCAGUCCUCACAAGAUUCUAGUGAUGGCGAUCCUGAAAAUGUUCCAAUUAAAUCUGUAUGGGAUGUAGUUUCACUUAGAGACGAGGCUCUCAGGGGAAAUAGUGAGACAAAAUAUAAUGAUCAGGUUCUGUUACAUAAACUCCAAGCAUUCGAACCUGUGCUUGAAGAUGCGAAAGUAAAAAUCAGGAUGUUGGAAGUUGCACUGGAGGAUACCAAGUCGGUCUUACAAGGACUUUCUCAACGUAUAGAAGAGCUGAAGCGUUGA